UGGGCGAGGUCUGUUUUUCUGGCGUGUCACAUGGCAUGCAGAUCUUGCUAGUAGCAUAUAGCAUAGCCUUGUCUAUGCUGUGUCUGAUCUCGUUAAAUUUAUGUGUAGUAUCUAGUUAGUUCAGCACAUAGUGUGUAGCUAGACUAAAGUGCGUACAUAAGCCUAAGGAUAGUAUUGAGCACCAGUUUGUAACUUUAUGUUUUAGUCUGGUUGCUCACUAUCUCAACCUGGAACUAUUUAUAUGUUAGAUAGAGCAACUGUGAAGCACAUUAAAGAGUAAGCUGUGUCAAGUACGUACGUGGCCUGUUGGCAUCAAGGUAACUUGUUAAGACUGAAGCACUAAGCACUACGUGAACUAGCCCUGGCUGACGCAGCAAUGGAGGAAAGUACUACAUUGACCUCAACUAAAGACCAAGCCGAUGUGACUACACAACAAGCCAUUGCCUCUAUGGAACCUCAGCACAUGGACGGUGCAAUUGAGAUGGAUGAUGAGUCGCCUCUGAGUAGUUGUACUGAGAGCAGAAAUAGCGGUGGCUUUAUGCACAAUUUUGGAGAUGAUGCUAUUGGUAAAGAUUUUGAAGAGUCACCUGUCCUUCUGACUCCUGUGAUGAUGGAGGACCAGUCUGGCUACCUGACACAUAUGUUGAUGCCAGUGGGCAACAUUCAGAGCAAGGGUCUUCCCUCCAAUGGUGUUCUGGGAAAUGGUCAAGUAAGCCCACCACCACUACAGACGGAAGAACUCAAAGCUACUCUCAUGCAACAAGUGGAGUAUUACUUCUCUAAGGAUAACUUGGCUACUGACAAGUAUCUGUUGUCACAGAUGGAUGGAGACAAUUUUGUGCCUGUUACCAUUGUGGCCAACUUCAAUCAGGUGAAGAGGUUGACCACAGAUAUUGAUUUGAUCUUGGAAGUAGUGAAAGAGUCCCAUGUGUUACACCUGGAUGAGCAGGGAGAGAAGAUCAGGGCCAUUCCAGAGAAGAGAUGUAUACUCAUUCUCAGAGAGAUACCACAAGACACACCGCAAAAGGACAUAAUGGCAUUAUUUUCGGGAGGCAACUGUCCCGACUUUAUAUCGUGUGAUUUUGCGGAGAAUUCAUGUUGGUACGUCACUUUUGCAUCAGAAGAUGAUGCUCAGAAGGCGUUUGCAUUUCUGAGAGAAGAGGUACGGACAUUCCUAGGUCAGCCCAUCAGGGCAAGGAUUAAGGGCACUAGUGUGCAAAGAUCAUCAGGCAUGCCCAAAAAACCAAGAGUCAGCUACCCCAUGCAGCCCAUGACCAGGACACAGCUCCAGUUUUUUCCCCAAGGCUCUGGAGCAAUACCCUGGGCCAGUCCACCAAAUGCCUCGAAUACCCCAAAUGGAGUUCCUUAUUUUGAUCGAGGCAGCGUGUUCGUCCCUGCGGCAAGUGGAAAUAGCUUUGCCCCCCCUCAUUAUCGCACUCAGAAUCAAAUCCAGCCAUUUCAUCAACAAUCAAAUGGUGGUCGUAACCCUACCGAUAUUUCGGAAAGGGGGCGUGUUCACCCUGGUGGACGAGGUCCCAGGGGUGACCGAUCUUUCUCCCCUCCUCUCAUCAACGGAGACAUGUACUCUGACAGAGAGCGUGGUCCAGACAGGGUUAGAGGGCGGGGAGAGCACUCGAGAGAUCAUUACAGAGGUGGUGGUGGCCCUGAGCGCUCCCGCUACACAAGAGAGGACACCAUACAGAAAAUCCCUCGACUGAGCAAAAAGAAUGCUCCCAGACCAUCCCCCAGUGGAGGACCACCUAAGGAAAUUGGAGAGCGGAGGGGUGUAGACGAGCGGCAAUCUAGACCUCAGCAGAGCCUGGACCUGGCCCCUGGUAACUUUCCUCCUCUCCCCACGAGUGAAGCUGGGGGAACGUCUCCCCCCUCCACCACACCUACUCAAACACUGGACUCCACUGACACCAAAAAUACCUCCAAUCUAGCCGAUAUUGUCAAAGGGCGAAGACUCAAAGAUGGUGCCCCUCUAUUAACAAUUACGAAUCAUCCACCUCUACCUAGCUCUACUAAUGGAAAUGCUAUAACAGAUAGCAGUCCUGCAAGUACUGCUAUUCCCUCCAUUCAAACUUUCCCACAGGCAGUAGAAUCUACUAAACCUAUCAUGACUAAUACUACCCUGACUAGUGCACAAUCAAUUACAGUAUCACCAAGUCCUUUGCAAACUCAACCCCCAUCAAUUGCUGCUGUGGUGGCUGCUAAUAUCCCCCCGCCUCCUAGAAUGGUUGUUUCAAUCCAUAGUGCUGUCUCAACUGCCGUGAAUGCAUCUGUGACUACAGCAGCUGCUGUCGUGGCUAGUGGGGCUCAAAGUACUGUCGUUACCACAAGUACUGUCAAUUCAAGUUCUAUCCAAAGCAGUGGAGAUAAUGGACGGCCAUAUAAGGGAUCUCGAGGGGACUCUAAGGGUCCAUACAGAGGAGAUAGAGGUUAUUAUGCCAACGGUAGUAGGCAGGGCUCGGGACGACACAGUGAUAAAGACAGCAGACAGAAUGGUACCAGGAAUUCAGUGGUAUCAAAAGAUGGGAGAUCAUUCCCUCCAAAUAAGCGUAAUCGUGACAGAGGAGAAAAGAAAGGCGGUGUUUAUCGAAACGGUGCUCCACGGCCAUCACCCAAACCUCCCAAGAAAAACCAGCCACCUCAGGCCCCUCCACCUCCGCCAACACCUACUAAUGAACCUAAGGUCACGACAUCCACAAAACCCACGGUUGAUAAAAUCCCUGAUUCAAAGUCACAAAAUAAUAAUAUGAGCAAAUCUGAGAAACUAAGUUAUGCUCAAAUGGCACAGCGUAAAAAGGCCCCACCAUCUCCUGUUACACCACCCGCUCCUAAACAGGACACUCAAUCUGAUAACAACGAGCCACCCACGAAGUCGUUGUCAGCCCCCACUUCACCCAAAGGAGAGCGGAAGAACAAUAAGACAAUUGUAGGACAAUCUAAUGUGACAUCAAAACCCAGUCCAAAAGGUGAGAAAAACGCUAUAGGAGAAGGUGCCCAACCAACACCAUCGAAACUGGCAGUUAGUAAGAGUGCUCCAGCUUCACCUAGUAAAGAGGCUGCUACUUUGCCUCAAAGACCCAAAGACAACUGAGAUGUUUGUGUUUGUAUUGUUCAACUGAUGUUCGGAAUGCACAAGUAAAAUACACUCUGGAUGCACAGGCUAUAAGUAAAGAAAAUGUUUGUCAGGUGCGUGCUGUUGAUGCAGCUUAUAAUUGUUAUGUGAUUUGGAAUUAACUCAGAUUGGAAUUGUGCUGUAUGUAAAUACCAGAAUAAUAAUUAUUGUCAAAACCUUUUCUAGUCUGCACGUGUAUAAUCCUGAACUCAAUUUAUUGUCAAACCUUUUCUAGUCCGUAUGUGAAUAAUAAUUAUUACUUUUACAAGCACUGUGUAUUGCUAGUCUAUAAUAUUUAUGUGUUUUGUACAUAACACAAUCGUACGUCUUGUUUAUGGUUUUUUCCUUGUGCACUUAAACAUGACUGUAUUAUAAUGUACGUUUAAAUUAUUGUUA